AUGUCACCUGCAGCCCGGGGAUCGCAGGUCUCCCCGGGGCUGCGCCUGCGAGCCGCUCUCCCUGUAUCCUACAGCCCAAUGGCUUCCCCCUUGGGCAGCCCUCUCAGCGCGGGGCAGAGGCGGACCGGAGGCCUGGCUCCGAGCCCCAGCUCGGCCAUGAAGGAUCCGAGCGUGGAGCAGCAGCUCACGGUGGCUCUUCGGAUUCGUCCAAUCAAUGAAGCUGAGCUGGAGGAAAACGCUGCUAUCAUAGCCCACAGAGUGGGUGACCAGAUGGUGGUUCUGAUGGACCCAAGUGAAGAUCCAGACGACAUCUUGCGAGCCAAUCGAUCCCGAGAGAAGACAUUUAUAUUUGAUAUGGUUUUUGAUCACAAAGCGACCCAGGAGGAGGUGUACGUGUCCACGACCAAAAACUUGGUAGAAGGAGUCAUUUCUGGAUACAAUGCAACCAUUUUUGCAUAUGGCCCAACAGGGGCAGGGAAAACCUACACUAUGCUAGGGACAGACUGUGAUCCUGGGAUCUACAUCCGCACCCUAAAUGACCUCUUUAAAGCCAUUGAGGCAACCAGUGACAACAUGGAUUACACCGUCUCCAUGUCGUACCUAGAGAUUUAUAACGAAGUGAUCCGUGACCUCCUGAAUCCAUCCUCUGGAUUCCUAGACCUCAGAGAGGAUGCUAGGGGUAGCAUCCAGAUAGCAGGAAUUACUGAAGUCUCCACUACAAAUGCGCAGGAGAUCAAGCAGCUGUUAACAAAAGGAAACAAAGAACGCACUCAGGAACCCACCGCUGCCAACAAGACAUCUUCCCGCUCACAUGCAGUUCUCCAGGUCACAGUGAAACAGAAGAGUCGGGUGAAGAAUAUUAAUGAGGAAGUGCGAGUGGGGAGGCUUUUCAUGGUUGACUUGGCAGGGUCUGAGAGAGCAGCCCAGCAGACUCAGAACCGAGGCAAGAGAAUGAAGGAGGGAACCCAUAUCAACCGCUCGCUGCUAGCUCUGGGGAACUGCAUCAGUGCCUUGAGUGAAAAGGGAGGAAGUCGGGCCCAGUAUGUCAAUUUUCGAGACAGCAAACUCACACGCUUGUUGAAGGACUCAUUAGGGGGGAACAGCAGGACAGUUAUGAUUGCCCACAUCAGUCCUGCCAGCAUCUACUUUGAAGAAUCUCGAACAACCUUGAGCUAUGCUUAUCGAGCAAAAAACAUCAAGACAAGGGUAAAACGCAACCUGCUGAAUGUCUCCUAUCACAUUGCACAGUACACCAGCAUCAUUUCAGAUCUACGCAGGGAGACUGAGGGUCUGAAGGCAAAGAUUGAAAAUCAGGAAAAGGAGAAGAGUGCAACCAGCUCUGACCUCAGGGAUGUACAAGUGGAGGCACAUCAGGAUUCGGAGGCGUACAGCCGGCAAGAGAUGAACAAGUUACGGGAGCAGCUGAUCGGGGCUUUCAAGGAGCAAAUGGAGAUGCGCCGCAGCCUCAUGGAGCUGGAGCACACCAACAUUGAGCUACACAUUGAUACCUCCAGGCAUUUGCUAACGAUUGCCGACUGGGAACGAGAGAAGACUCAGCAUGCUCGGAAGUGUUAUAACAAGCUGGUGAAUGGAAAGGAAGAUGAAAACAUGGAGGAGGCAGACAGAGAAGUAGAGGGGGCAGGUUCCCCUGAACCUCAUGAAGUCACUGUAGCAAGAGAGGAGAUCAACAUGCUGUUGGCAGAGCUGCGAAAAACAGCAACCUUAAAGUCGGAGCUGGAGCGGCGCUUAGCCAAUGCCAAGAAAAAAGCCUCCCAGAUGGAGAAGCUGUUACCCAAACAAAUCACCAGUGAGGACCAGCGAGAGGUGCUGAGACUUCUCUGCAAGGCUCAUGAGCUGGAGGUGGGGAACACGGAGUUGCAGGCGAAUGCCUUGUACAAGGAGAAUCUGCUGUGCCAGAAGGAUUUUGUCAUCCAGCGGCAGCAGCAGCAUGGGCUGCUCUGCGAGGAAAUCAUUCAGCAGCAGCAAAUGCUGAUCAAAGGCCAUGACAUCCCUGUCCCAGAGACCCUGGGGACGCUGUAUCAACUGCACUGCCGUGAGCUAGAGGAGGGGACCCUGACCCGCUUGCUCCUGCUUCACUCUGUGAUGUCCAGCACGCUGAGGGGUGGCUCUGCUCUGAAUAUAGCUCAGCAGCUGGACCUAAACAAAGAAGAGGCCAGAAAAGGGCUAUCUGGCAACAGGAAGGGUCUUCCUUCUGGAGCAAAGUUUGAGCUUCCGUCCAUUGUCUUGGAGUCAGAGAGUGACAGCUACAGAUCAUCUAAAACGACACCUGCUAGGAAACUGGGGAAUCCAGAUACCCAUCUCAGCCCUACUUUCUUUCGCUUGCCAAGAACCCCACUGCACCAGCAGAAACCAACUGGCAUUGCUGUAGGAAAGAUGACCUCCAAGCUAUGUUCCCCCACCUCCCUGGACUUAAAUAGGAGAAAGUCAGCUGCAGAGAUCGCUCUUGCCCCACUGAGUCUGGAGGCCUUGACGGAGAUUGCUGUUAGCACCAAAAGCAUCUCCCGCAUUGCAGCCAGACGGCGUUCCAGAGCCCGACACAGAGAUCAUGGGAGUGAACUCGCCUCGGGGCAUUUCUUUGAGGAGGAUAUAUUGGAGCCGAAAUAUCUGCAGUCCAGCUUCACUCCAGAGCCUCACGUGAAAGACACUGUGAGUAUCGAGAGCCUCUCAGCGGAGUCCCAGAGAAAGGAGCAGCUGUACUACACAGCCAAGAGAGAACUGAAGAAGGAUCGAGAACGAGAGAAAUCAGCUGAGAGGAAAGCCAGGAAGAAAAGAUCUCGUUCCCUUGAACCAAUCUCCCAAAAGAUCUCGAAAGCAAAGCAUCGGACUCCCUCGAGCCACAAUAUGGACAAUGUUUCUGAGGACCAGCUGCCCCGAGCUAAACUCUUCCAGCCAUUGAAGAUCAUGAGCAACUUAUCCCAUGCCACUCCUGCUGCCACCAAGGUCAAAUUCCCCAUCAGUCACCAUACAGAAGAAAAUCCAUUACAGGUGCUGGAGAUAAGCAACACUCCCCCAAGCACUGUUCAGCAGAGCAAUGCAGGUCAGACCAGAGGCCAGGUCCUACAAAAGCGGGUCAAAGGGCCCAUAGAUGGUGCCAGCAACCAGCCGAAGAACCAACCAAUCACAAGCUUCAAGAACCUGCCGAGGUCAAAAUAA